CUGGGGACUAUGCUGGGGAGAUGGCUGGAUGGUUUUGCACCAGAUACCAGGGAGGGACAGGAGGGGAGGAGUUCAUGGUGGCCUCCAGGGGGUUUCUUUGUGUUGGAUUCAGCAGCAGUAGCAGUAGCAGCCUCCAAGCUGCAGACCCAUGGGUCCAUGCAAAUUCAGCUAUCAUAAAGUGUCAAGCCCUGCACCUCCUGUCUCCUGCUCAGCAUCCUCUGUGCUCUGAGCAUCCAUCUACUCCGCUGUGCAAACCUCACACAAAGGCAGCCAAUAAUCCAUCCAUAGCAAAAAGGCUCCAAGAGCCCCCAACGCCCCACAUAGCCUUUCUCCGCCUUGCUGGAACAGAAGAGGAAGGUGACCGUGUGGAUCAGCGCAGGUAUCUGGAGCAUCUCUUUGGUACACUCAGCAUUAGUCCGGCACGAUGGUGAAACUGGGCAAUAAUUUCAGCGAGAAGGGGGCAAAACCCCCUAUGUGCGAAGAUGGAUUUGAUACCAUCCCCUUGAUGACCCCUCUGGACGUCAAUCAGCUACAGUUCCCACCCCCCGACAAGGUUGUGGUGAAAACAAAGACCGAAUAUGAACGGGAUCACAAGAAAGGAAAAUUCCGCCCUCCUAAGAUUGCAGAAUUUACAAUCAGCAUCAGUGAAGGAGUGUCUGAAAGGUUCAAGGUCACCGUCCUGGUUCUCUUUGCUCUGGCAUUCUUGGCUUGCAUCGUGUUCUUGGUAGUCUACAAGGUGUACAAGUACGACCAUGCCUGUCCUGAAGGAUUUGUGCUGAAGAACAAUCGAUGCAUUCCUGCAGCCCUGGACAACUACUACACCGAACAAGACCCCAGCACCCAGGGGAAGUUCUACACAGUCAUAAACCACUACAACCUGGCCAAGCAGACCAUCACACGCUCUGUAUCACCAUGGAUGACGGUUCUGUCGGAGGAGAAGCUAUCUGAGCAGGAGACAGAAGCCUCACAAAAGUCCGCUUAGCUGCCAAGCUACAGUUGACCUAUGUCGAAGGGAACUAAAAAGGAACUUAAAAAAAAAUAAAAAAAACACGAUUCACUUCUCUGUCGCUCUGGCAGUCAAGUAGUUAAGGUUCAUUUAGAAAUUACUUGUAUUAUGUUUAAAAAAAAAAAAAAAAGUGCGCUUCUGUUUACUGAUAUCGCUGUGCAUACAUACCUGUACAGAAUGUUAAUGGUACAUCAAUAGCUGGCAAAUCCAACCUAGCUAACUAAUAACUUCAUAACAUGGAAGGCUUGCUUAUUAUCUCUUUUUGUAACAAUUAUUUUAAACAAUGCGGAUACAUUGACUGAAAGUUAUUUACAGGAGAAAAAGUCAAAGCUAGGAGCAAAAAAAUUUGGUGUAUACUUUUUUAUUUUUCCAUUAAGUAGAACGAUGUGACUUAGAGGACCAAACAAGUACAACAUUAUUGACUGGUUUUGCCCAGAGAUGGCGGCCGAGCUUGUUUUCUUUUUAAAGUGGAACUAAGUAACUGCACUGUUCAAA